CGCACACCACAACCAACUCUCUCCACAACGUUCCCUCUCCUUUCUCUCUUUCUCUUUCUUCCUCUUCCUCUCCUCUCCCUCCACCCCUUUCCCGUACUUUGUCUCUUUUUCUCGCUUUCUCUGUCUGUUCCUCAUUCCCAUUGUCAAAACUCAUGAAGUACAGUCUGUCAUCCAUUGCUCUUGGGGCGUUAUUGCUCUCACAGUCCGCCUUUGGAGGUCUUUAUUCUGCAAAGGAUCAUGUUGUCGAUGUCACCGCUCAGACCUUCCAAGCUGAAGUCAUGGACACCAACCAAUUGGUGAUGGUCGAAUUUUAUGCCCCUUGGUGUGGACAUUGCAAAAAUUUGGCUCCACAAUAUAAGGCUGCAGCUCAAAACCUUCAUGGGAUUGCUAAAUUGGCAGCAGUCGAUUGCGAUAAUGAAAAAAACAGACCUGUUUGUGCCCAAUAUGAUAUCAAAGGUUUCCCCACGAUUAAGGUUUUUAAAGCUAAUAGGUUUGCAAAAAAGGGUGUGAAGUAUCCUCAGGAUUACAUGGGUGAACGAUCUGCUAAGGCUAUUGUGGAUCAUCUAGUAAAGAUGCUCCCCGAUGACAUUAAACUUGUCUCCAGCAACCCUUCCAGCGAAAAGAUUACCAAUAUUGACGAGUUUGCAGCCAAGGAAAAUGAGGCUCGCGCAUUGUUGUUUACCAAGAAGUUAACAUCUAGCAAUAUGUACAAAGGCUUGGCAACAGAGAUGUUGGACAGAAUGAUCGUUGCAGAGAUGCGUGCGCCCAACGACGAGGUGCUGAAAAAAUAUAAGAUUGACAGUCUUCCUGCUUUGGUGGUUUUCCCCAAAGGUCAUCAGGAGCCAGUGGCUUAUACAGGGGAAUUGAAGCGUGAUCCGAUCUUUGAGUUCCUGAACCAGUAUGCAGAGCCAGCCAAGAAGAGUAACUCAUCAAAGAAUAACUCGCAAUCCUCAAAGUCCGAGCCAUCGGCCCCUGCUCCAUCACCACCUGUAGUAGAAUUUGACCCCAAUAUCAAUCAGAUCCAGGACCAGGCUCAACUCAAGGAGGAGUGUUUGAGCAAGCCACGUGGUUCAUGUCUGAUUGCUUUCCUGAUUGUCGAACCUGAGUUCCCUGAGUCUGUUCAGAUGCAUGAGGAAAAUCUAGAGCUGUUGCGCACAGUCAAAAAAACGGCCCAUGACACAGGCAAACCUUUACAUGUUAUGUGGAUGGAUGCAUUGGACAAGCGAGUAGUUGAUUUCAAGGACAAGUUCCAAGUCUCGAGCGAUAUCCCUGGCUUACUGUUGUUGAACCCUCGUAAGAAGGCAUUCGCACCAUUCGUGGGACAGUUUGAUGUUCAUGGUAUUCAGGGAUGGAUAUCUGAUACGAGCAAAGGACGUGCCAGGGCUUUCCCUUACACAUUCGACGUUGAGCUCCCAGAGCCCAAGACCAAGGAGCCAAAGACUGAGAAGGGGGGGUCCGCAGAGGAAAAGGCAGAGCCCGUGGUCAAUGUCAAAGAUGAACUCUGAAAGCCAACUUUUGACCACC